AUGGUGGUAGCUUUCAAAGAGGGUGGAAACAGAGGCAAAUUCAAAAGUUUAACACCAAUUCUUUCUAUGGCAAGAAACAUGGUCAAAUUCUACGAAAAGUACACGAUUUUCUUUGGUCCCAAGAACAGGACAAAUUUGAACAGGACAAAUGACAGUGGAUGGCCCUUGCUACCUGAGGAAGCGGGGGUGAAGCAGCAGUGGUUCCAGGCAGCCGUGUCGGACCGGGAGAGCGUAGCUCGCGACUGAAAGACAAUAAAGCCUACCGCCUUUGAGACUCCUAUUCAUCCACGGUGGAUCGUCCGAGCAUGAGUUGGAUGCCGACUCCAAUUCCAGAGCUCCGUUGGCCCUCCUCCUCAUCAUCUAUAUUCUUAUUGGAUCCAUGGUCGAGCGAGGUGCAGGCAGGCAGGCAUGUUUCGUCCGGCGUUGGGAGUCGCGGGGAGGACCCUGCUGCGGCGGUUCUGCGGCCAGGCCGCGGCGGCCGGGUCGCCGUCGGGGCCGGCCGGAGCUACCAGGCUGAGACACCUACACUCUCAGAGGAGCAAUGCUGGGGAUGCUGCUGGCCACCGCUUUGGCUUUCUUCGCAGGUACCUCAGACCACGGAAUAUGGCGCUAGCUGCAUGGCAUGGAUUAUUUGUUUUUGGUCUCUGGAUCUGUGUGAAGGAGAUUGGCAGGAUUGCGCCGUCAGAGAUUGACUGGGUUGAAGCUGGCGUCGUCUCCCCGAUUGUGAGGAAACAACAGAAUUGUGGCAGCUGUUGGGCCAUAGCUGUUGCAUCCUCGGUCGAAGCUGUACAUUACAUGAAUACCUUGCAGUCAGUCUCUGUUGUCGGUUCAAGAGCUCAUCGACUGUGACACAGAGAACGAUGGGUGUGACGGGGGCGAGAAAGAAAGGCCUUCGGGUAUAUACAAACAAAUGGACUCUCAAGCGAAACUGACUACCCAUACAUCGAUGAGAGGAGUAAAUCGGGUUGCAAGCCGAACAAAACAGUAGCAGCAAGGAUAGCAGGCUUUCAAUUUGUCAACCCAACCGAAGAGGCUCUUGUUGGAGUAUAAUGUCCGGCCCUCUCUCUCAGAUCCGUCAUUUGGUUGCAUUGGCUAGAGCAUGCACUUCUACAUGGUAUCGGAGCCAAGAGGUCUUGAGUUCAAGACCCGGCUGGCGUAAUUAAAUUGCAGCCCACUUUCGGUCCACGUUUAGGCCUGAGGGAGCCGCACGUGAGGGGGAGUGUUGACGUAUAAUGUGCUGCCUAGUCUCUUCCAUUAGAUCGGUCUGAUGGAUGAACAACCAACAGGUUCAGGGUUCAAAACCUAGUAAACGCAAUAAAUAAUUGCGGUCUGCCCCCGCUUCUGCUGCCCACGUCAUAUAGCUCCAAAGGAGCAUAGACGUGAGGGGGAGUGUUGGAGUAUAAUGUCCGGCCCUCUCUCUCAGAUCGGUCUUUUGGUUGCAUUGGCUAGAGCAUGCACUUCUACAGCUCUAGAGAAAGCGGUAGCAAAACAGCCCGUGGUUGUUAGUAUACAGAGUCUCGAUGAUCUGCAGAAAUACAAAGGAGGCAUCCUGGAUUAUGAACCUAACGGAGACUACACCGGCAGCAGACAUGCUGUCCUGAUUGUUGGUUAUGGCACAGAUUCAGACGGUGUCAAGUACUGGCGCUUCAAGAACUCGU